AUGAACCCGCCACCAGCUUCAUUCUCCACCAACCCGGUUCCAGCGCUGAUCGCGCGGCGCACCACAGUGCUGGUGCCACCGAGCCUAUCGACGAUCAAUCAUCUUGAUGGCGCCACACUUGCGGCUGGUCGAGACGCCGGCACAUCAGCAGCGCGUGGCGCACAGGAGCGUCGAGUUGCGGGCUCGCAAGCGCUGCCUCGCGUGUCGCAUUCGCACCAUCGGUCGGACCUGCAGCAGGCCGUGUCGCAGCCCACGGCGGCAGUGCCCAUCUCGACGCGCGAAAACAUCUCGACCUCCAAGUCGUGGUCGAGCGGCUUGGCGCUCAAGAACGCCAAUUAUGCCACGGCCACCGCGUCGAGUACGCAUCACGAGUUUGUGCUACAUCCGACCUUCCGCAGCGAUGCGGAGCAUAGGGGUGAUGUGCUCGUCCGCGUCGAGGGCGUCGACUUUUUCGUACACAAGCAUAUCCUUCUCUUUUCUUCGCCCUUCUUUGCAUCGGUCCUGCUUGGAGACUGGAAAGAGUCGCGCCUGUCGACGCUGCUCAACGACGACGAGCUCGCCGAUGCCGCUGCUGCACAAGGUUCGACAGACGACUCGCCUGGCGAGGUAGAGGCUGAUCAGACUCAAGAAUCGCCCGUCUGCAAUGAGGAUCCGCAAGCCGACGGCAUCGUCAGCGCCAGUGAAACAGCUUCGCCUGCCGCUGGCAACCUCGCAUUGCAGGCACCGGAGGGCAACGAUGCAGCCUCCGUCGACCGCGUCGUUGUCCAUCCAGAGCCGUCCACCGACAAGCUCGCGCUGGCCGCUGAGGCCGGAGACGUUCAAGACCCGGAGCACCUCGUCACGGAUAGCCGGAGGCGCAGUCUACUGCGUGCGUCGUACCACACGGCGCUAUGGAGUCAGGAGGAUGCGGCGACAUCGUCGUGCUCGAUCGCCGACUCUGCUCUCCCGGCAGGCAGCUCUGCGGAAGACAGCGGGCACACUGCAGAGAGCACCGACGAUGGCAGCGUCGACGAGGGCCCGAGUGUCAGCGACACUGACGAAGACGGCGAUACUGCGCAGCGUUUCAAAACCGCCGAUGUGGAGCGGCAGGAGCGCAAGCAGGCUGCAGCCGAGUCGCGCCGGGUGCGGUCCAAGUCCAAGCAUCUGGCGGCGCGGCUGACGCUGCGCAAGCUCGAAUCGGCGUCCAAGCUGCAGGCGAUCCCCACGCGCAGCACGAGCAAGACGGGAAGCAGCCUGGUGGCGGCUUCCACAGGAGCGAGCAGCUCGGGCGCGAGUCCGCUCGCAAGGCUCGAGUUGCUCGCCACUCCGCCGCUCUCGCGACGCACGAGCUGCGAAGUUGGAGCUGCCCCUCCGCCAGAAGCACCAGCGGGAACGGUCUGCGACGAGAGCAAAGCUGCCGCCGAGGAGCGGAGCGCAAAGCGAGGAGCCAGCAGGGGAGGGCGGUACCGAGGCGUGGUCGCUGUUGUUGAGCUGGAAGAGGAAGCGGCGGGUACGUUUCACGACUUUCUGUUCCACAUCUAUCCGCACCUGGAUCUGGCGGUGACGUGGUGGAAUUGCGGGCCGCUGUUGCGGUUUGCAGACAAAUUCCAGGUGCCGUACCUUCGACGGAGCUGCGUCAACUUUCUGCGAGCCGCACUUGCAGGACGACCGAUCGAGGCGAUGCGUCUGGCGGAGCUGCACGGUAUGGAUGACCUGUACAAGGAAGCCAGUCGACACGUUUUGGACAACUUUGCAGCAUGGGAGGUGGAAGAGCUCGAGUGUCUUUCGAAAGAGACGCUGCUCAAGCUCGAGCGCAAGCGAACGUGGUUCUUGGAGCGGCUACUCAAGCUGGGGCUGGCGAAUCCGGCACGCGACUACGAGUGCCAUGCGAGCUGUGCGGACCCACAGACGUGUGCGCGGCUGCUGCACGACAAGUGGCAAUCGGCGUAUGCAAACGCCUUCCGCUUCUCACCGCCCCAACCCAGCGUCAUCUUUCGCCAUCUGAGGGAACUCGACAAUGCCUCGGUACUGCACAUGAGCGCAUGUCAGAGCGCAGCACGGUCGUGGGUCCAGGGCCUCUUUGACCGCAUGUUCUCCCUAGGCACCCUCCAUACCCCGCGCCAGUUCCUCGCCAUCAAACUCGAACCUCCCACCAAGACCCCUCACACCCUGUAG